AUGGCGACAACAUCGGCAUUGACGACGUCAUCAUCGUCGAAGAUGUUCGAGAGGAGGACGAUGAAUAUCACCAGCGCGCGCCAAAAAGGAAUGACUGCUUUCGGAGUUAAAAACGAAAAACGAAGAAGCGCGAGGAAAUGCUCCGCAGAAUCAUCAUCGUCGUCGUCGUCGCUCGUAUUCGACGGAACGUCUAUGUUUACUAUUUAUUCAGAAUUGAACGGAGAAAAUGUCAUCUUUCCUUCGUUCUUAGAGUCUGCGUUGCAUGUGUGUGAAGUUUCGCGGUCGCACCCGGAUUAUAUUUCUGCACACUUUCACGAGAAAGUCGGCACGGACCAGUUCAAGCAGCUCGAUAAGAAUCUGCCACCACAUCAGUACAUGAACUAUACUUUAUUCGACUCUCCUCCGGAGGAAGUUUUUAGUAGGUUUGAUGACCUCUUCGAUAGCUCAGAUAUUGCCCACCCGUCUCCGCAAAAAUACGCCAUGCUGAGUGCGAGUGAAGUCGACGUGUACCCGAAGAACGACGCCGCCGUGGAAGGCACGUUUGCAAAACGGGCGAAGGAAUCUGUAGACAAAGAAACGAAAUUAACUAAAAUAGGAUUAAACGAUAGGAACGUAGCCAUAGUUGUGGCCCUGAAAUGCGAUAACGCAUUAGACGCUGAAAAUUGGGUACAAACAUUCGGGAUUGGGAACUUGGAGAAACAGUUGAAGAAAAAUUUCCAGCUCGCGGUAUUACACGAAGUUAAACUGGGACUCGGCCCGAUGGUUGAAAACGACGAAGCUUCGCAAGCCGAGGGUGAUGCGACGCCGUUUACGCAUGUGGUAUACGCCUCUCUCGGUGAGGUGGAGGAUUCCAUUGCUAACGAUGCGGUUUCUUUAGUACAACAGGCGUUGGUAGCAGAAGGUAUAGCGGAUGGAUCGGUAGUGCACGCGUUCAAAUGCGCUUUUAACAUUGCAAAAAAAGGAACGCCGUGCGGCGCUUUACCAGCCGCGCGAGAGAUUCAAAAACGAAAAGAGGAAAACGAACAGGCUCGCAAGAAUAAUAAGUUUUAA